AUGAACAACAACGUCCCUGCCCAUAAUCAACCCCCCGUUGCCCCUCAACACAAUCAACCACCACCGAAUGACGCUCCUGCGGACCCUCCCAUACCCAAUCAACCUCCAGUAGCUCACCCGCCCCAAGCCCCACCGCCGGCAGUCCAACCAGCUGUGCACCCACCAAAUCAGCCUGCACCACAUCCCGUCGCAGGACAACGACCAGCUGCAAUCGACACACCGGACCGCAGACACAACCGUCGGCACCGUGAUCCACCACCUCAUCAUGCCGCACCUAUCAUCCAACAAAAUGAAGCCGAACGCAACAGGCACAUAGCGGCAAUUAUCGGAGCGGUGUCGAAUCAGAUACAUGAUGAUGAUCGCCUCCGGCCAGACGGCUCCAAUUUCGCAACAUGGCAAGAUUUCAUCGACAAACGAAUCCGCGACGCCAUCAAUGAACCACUGUUUUUUCAUUUCCCCGCCGUGGAUCCAGUACAUGAACGAAUUGGCCGCUCUCUGUUGCUCACGUCGGUGGACCGAUCAUUCCGGCGAGGUCUCGCAAGACAUGCAACGGCGCACCACAUGUGGCAAGACAUUAGGGUCCGUUUCCACUCAGUCAGUCGAGCAGCACAGUUGGACCUUUUCCGCCGACUCAUUGCGUUUGACGUCAGCAGCCAUCCAACGACCGCCAGCGUUGCCUCUCACAUCGGAGACAUCCUCGACAAAAUGGAGACCAUUCGAAUGUCUUUCACCCGGGACCAUCUAGCCGGUCUGGUACUUCAAAACGGAUUAGCAUCCGAACCUGAUCUCCAGACUGAAUUUGAUCGCCGUGUCAAGAAGGAUCUUCAAACCUCGACACCACAAAACCCACCGAUGAAUUUUGAACAGAUGAUCCGCCUGAUCGACAUGAUACGUCGUCAAAUCGUCUCCAAAGCACAGCCAGAGUGCCCACACAGCGGACCACACCCCUAG